CAGAGAGCCGGCCAGCCCUCCUCCUCCCCUCCCCUAAACGGAGCUGGUGGGGCCACCUUCUCCUGGAGUCUCUCCGGCUGCCCUCCGCAGCGCAGGCUUGCAUCUGGUCCAUCAUGGUGCCCACAGAAUUCACAAACCUCAUCUCUAACAUAUCUGAUGACUACAGCUACCACUCCACGUCUCCCGUGGAUGACUACAUGAACUUCCCUGAUUUAUUCUGUCAGAAAGGCCACGUCCGGCAGUUCGCGAGCCACUUCCUCCCACCCUUGUACUGGCUUGUGUUCAUCGUGGGCACCUUGGGCAACAGUCUGGUCAUCCUCGUCUACUGCUACUGCACCAGAGUCAAGACCAUGACCGACAUGUUCCUUUUGAAUUUGGCAAUUGCCGACCUUCUUUUUCUCUUCACGCUUCCCUUCUGGGCCAUCGCUGCCGCCGACCAGUGGAAGUUCCAGACCCCCCUGUGCAAAGUGGUCAACAGUAUGUACAAGAUGAAUUUCUACAGCUGUGUGCUGCUGAUCAUGUGCAUCAGUGUGGACAGGUACAUUGCCAUUGCCCAGGCCACGAAAGCGCAGACCUGGAGGCAGAAGAGACUUGUGUACAGCAAAAUGGUUUGCUUCACUGUCUGGGUGGUGGCAGCCACACUCUGCAUCCCGGAACUCCUGUACAGUCAACUCAAGGAGGAAUCUGACAUCACCAUCUGCACCAUGGUUUACCCUAGUGACCAGAACAGCAAAGUCAAGUCGGUUGUCCUGACCCUGAAGGUCAUCCUGGGCUUCUUCCUCCCUUUUGUGGUCAUGGCUUGCUGCUACACCAUCAUCAUUUACACUCUGUUGCAAGCCAGGAAGUCAUCCAAGCACAAGGCCCUGAAGGUGACCAUCACUGUCCUUACCGUCUUUGUCCUAUCUCAGUUCCCCUACAACUGCAUUCUGUUGGUGCAGACCAUCGAUGCCUACACCGUGUUCCUCUCCAACUGUGCCAUUUCCACCAACGUUGACAUCUGCUUCCAGGUCACUCAAACCAUCGCCUUCUUCCACAGUUGUCUGAACCCCGUUCUCUAUGUCUUUGUGGGCGAGAGAUUCCGCCGGGAUCUUGUGAAGACCCUGAAGAGCUUGGGUUGCAUCAGCCAGGAGCAGUGGGUCUCAUUCACAAGGAGAGAGGGGAGCGUGAAGCUGUCAUCUAUGUUGCUGGAGACAACCUCGGGAGCUCUUUCCUACUGA